AUGACUCGAGCCACUACGACCGUCUCGUGGAGCCGUAUGGUGGAGAAUGAGCCACCACCACACACACCCACUCUUUACUGUCACGUGCCUCCACUUAUUACCACCAAAAGAAAGAAAGACAACGAAGAAAGAUAUCUACUCACAACUUGGAGAUUGGACUUCUCUUUCAUGAUGGAGGAUACCAGGUCAGUUGCUUCACUCAUGGACUCCACAUCAUCCAAGAUCCAGCAGCUUCAAAAGGCCUUUGCUGAACUCGAAAGCCAACGCGCCGUAACACUCAACCUCAAAUGGAACGAACUUGAGGAACAUUUUCAUGGUCUCGAGAAAUCCUUAAAGAGACGGUUUCACGAGCUCGAGGAUCAAGAAAAAGAAUACGAAACCAAAACAAGGAAAGCUCAAGAACUAUUGGAAAAAAAGAAAGCAGCUGUUGAAGACAAGGAGAAGGCAUCUCUAGAGAGGCUUCAGAAGAAGAGAGACGCAGCUGUGUUUGCUAUCAACAGUGCUUUAGAUAAGUACAACAACAACAACACUCCCAUCACUAUCACUUCUGUCACUGAUGAUAACCCGGACGGUACUGUGCAAGAUGUUGAGGUGAAGGCUUAUCCACAGUUAGUGAAACUCUGCAGGGAUAUGGACUCAACAGGGCUUCAUAAGUUUGUAUCAGACAACCGUAAGAACCUUGCAUCACUAAAGGAAGAGAUUCCUGUGGCGUUAAAGGCUGCAGCAAACCCUGCUACUUUAGUGUUGGACUCUUUGGAAGGGUUUUAUCCCACGGAGGAGGCAGCAACCUCUGAUGGAAAGAAAGACGCUAACCUCUUGGGAAUGCGCAGGACAUGUGUCUUGUUGAUGGAGUGUCUUAGCGUACUGUUAUCUGGUUUAGACAGCAACUACCUUGCUGUUGUCUUGUCAGAAGAUGUUAGGAAUAGAGCAAAAGGAAUUGCAGAAGGAUGGAAUCCACUGCUGGAGACUCUUGAGAUGGAUGCUGGGAAUGGGAACUCUUUGGAGGCUCAUGCAUUUCUGCAACUACUGGCUAGUUUUGGUAUUGUUUCUGACUUUGAGGAGGAUGAACUGUUGAAGCUGAUCCCUAUGGUCUCACGUCGUCGUCAGGCAGCUGAGCUUUGCCGUUCUCUUGGAUUGUCAGCAAAAAUGCAUGGUGUGAUUGAAGUUCUCGUGAAGAGUGGUAAACAGAUUGAUGCAGUGAACUUGGCAUUUGCAUUUGAACUCACAGAACAGUUCCCACCUGUUGAGUUACUUAAAUCUUACUUGACUGAGGCAACCAGAUCUUCCUCCCAAGGCAAUGCAUCUCCUGCUGUUCAGGAUGAGUUCAAUGAGAGGGAGCUAACAGGUCUGAAAGCUGUGAUAAAGUGUGUAGAAGAGCAUAACCUGGAAGAACAGUACCCAGUGGAGCCACUUCACAAAAGGAUUCUGCAGCUGGAGAAGGCCAAAGCAGAGAAAAAGAGAGCAACAGAACCCACAAAGCCUCAGACAAAGCGACCACGUGGUCCUCAACCCCGAGUCACUGACAACAACAACAGUAACAACAAGACAGGAUAUGGUAGAGUGAUCCCUGAGAGGUAUCCGCAGUAUGUGUAUGACAACAGACCGUUCCUUAACGGUCCAAUCAUGGCACCACAAGCUCCUCCGCCUCCUCAGACUUACAGUUUCAGUCCCGCUGCUGUUCAUGGGAACUUCUACGGGAACUGUUAUCAGUACCAGGCUCCUCCUCCUGCUUACUUUCAUUAGUGAUAAAAAAGGUGAUGGUGAAUGUAACUCUUUCUCUCUUAUGGUGUUAACUAUGGUGUUAACUAGUGGCAGCUCUUUAACCCCUCCUCUUCUUUUACUUUGAUGUUACAUUGUUGUGUGUGGAUGAUUUUAGUAUUUUUAAGGAUCAAUACUACCCAAAACAAAAACGAAAACAAAAAACAGAAAAAAAAAUAAGAAUUUCUAUUUAAUUUUUAUCUUCACUGUUGUAAUCUUUUCUUGAUUUCUUUCUUACUCCCAGGAAAAAAAUUAAAAUAA